AUGGACAACAAUGGUCUCUCUUCUGAUGUAAAUGUUGCACCUUUUGCACCGAAUAUUCCUAGUGAACCGCCGAACGGCCUUAGUGCAGAGGGAAGACUAUUCAAUGCACCGGCUGAACCACAUCCAUAUGUUCGUCAAAUGGGACCCCCCUCAGGAAUCGAACGUUUUCCUCCACCGACGUAUCCAACUUUCGUCAAUCCUCAGAUGAUCUUCGCUUCCAAAAAGGAUCGUUCAAAAUGGCUUUACGAGUUUGCUGAACGACUGGACGGAACAGAAAAGAGGACGGCAGAAAAACAAAAUAUAAUCAAACUUCUAGAAAAAGAGAGUACGGAGCAGGACAUCACAUUUACAAAACUUUGUGAGGAAUACAGAAUAAUGCAAAGAAAAAAUGAAGAGAUCAAGAGAGAACAAGCAGAUUGCCCUGACUUCAACCAAAUUGAGGCUGAAGCGGGAAACGACACCGAAGAUGGUCUCAUGUUACACCGCGAGAUGACAGAGUUUCUCGUGGAGCAGGAAGUUGCUGAUAAAAUCACUAUUCAUCAUCGAAUAAAAACUGUGUUCGACAAGCAGAUUGAGACCUCAUGUCCAUCCGUACCCGAGGCGACGCAGUUAACCCCAAAUGAGGAAAUUCCGGACGAUCGUCACCCUCUCCUUGCAUACUGUGAAAAUAAUGAAGUCUUUUUAAAUGAGACAAUUGCUCAUUUUGAAAAGGGUCUCCUCGAAAGAAGGGAAAGACUUACAAAAUUGAUGAUCGAUUUCUCCCAACUCGAAUUGGACACAAAGCAAAGAGCUGCUCACUUGAACUACAACAGAAACAUUGCGCGUGCUCGUCAGGGAUUAAAGAGAAAAUUGCAGCCAGAUGCUUAA